AUGGCAAUGUCCAGUCCUACGGAGACCUCUGUGGAAGUGGACGCAGAAGAUCGAAACAAGACGGUAAAAUCUUCUACCCCUCACGUCGCCGCAAAUCAUCUGAUCCGCUCGACAUGGUUUUGGUUCUUGGAACUUCUAUUAAUGGUAUCUUCUGCAUGUGCCAGUCCGGUGGCGACCAAGAUGGGGCGACCGUCUCUCUGGACUCCUCCGGAAGACCCUUGGGGAAAUCUGAAGACCAGAAGGUUCUUCCGGCGGCUCUAUCUCUGAAACAUAUCAAGCUCUUGUUGGUGUAUGGCUGACCUGCUCUUUGAUCUCAUUCUGGCUCAGACAGUCCGUCGGCUUGCUCAGAAUCGUGAGGCUGCAAGGAAGAGCCGUCUAAGGAAGAAAGUAAGUAACGCCGAUAGAUUUUCGCGCGGCCUUUUUGAGUUUGAUUAGUGAUGGAAAGUAAGCGAACUGUGUUUAUCAGAUUCUCAUUAUCAAACUAAUUUUUCUUGGAAGUGAGCAAAAUUUGGUGGGACACGAAGAUGACGCUCUAACCCGAUUUCACUCACUUGGACGUACGUUGAGAUGGACUGAUAUAGACGGGGACAGAUUUUUCUUGUCUUCUCUGAUUUUGCCGCCCCCCCCCCCCCCCGAAAAAGGAUCACAUGAUUUUGAAUAUACCCCUCGGUUUUGCGCUUCGCUCUAUAGGUACCCACAGACUGUGCCUGUUGAUGAACUUUUGCUUCGUAAGUCCUCUUCUGUACCUGUUGAGAUUACUGGUUAACAUUUGACUCAAUUAGAGAGAACAAUUAACUCUCAGACCGGUUCUCCCGAUGGUCAGCGCCGUACUCUCUCUCUCUCUCUCUCUCUCUCUCUCUCUCUCUCUCUCUCUCUCUCUCUCUCUCUCUCUCUCUCUCUCUCUCUCUCUCUCCUGUCUCCUAAACUCUCAAAUAGAGCUCGACUUCCGCAUACCAAGAAGAGCCAUUUCUUCUUUCAACAAUGGAGUAAUGGAAUUAUGCAAAAUUAGUCUGUUAUUUCGUGGGUAUUCCUCCUAGUUGAUGGGCAACUACAAAGGAAACUCAAGACCAGGAGUGAUGCAGGACGAGAGGUGCUGCUAACACCCCAUGAAGUUCUUCGAGCUGAAGUUUUCUUACGAACCAUGUGGUCUAUUUACCUAUACCGAUGAGAGUUAUUACCAUCUUUGAUGAGAUUUUGGAAAGGCUCUUCGUCUUUCAAGGGUGUGCACAUCAAGAACCUUUGGUUGAAUUCAAGGGUAACAUGGAACUACGAAAGAGGAAAUAGAGAUUUUUUGUGAUGCUUAUAUUUUGUUAGUGGCAUUGAAUUACCAUGGAGCAAUAGAAAGCGAAAUCGCUUGUCAUGGGUCUCCAUCCUUUUCUGCCCUCUGUUAUUAGCAAUGAAGUGGUAGCAACUGAGCGGCAGCGAUGAACUAUGUUAGCAAUUUAUGGAAGGUUGAAUUGAGUAAGGCGAGGGUUUGGAAAGCAGAAGGAUCACUGUUUUAACUUCAAUAAUAGUCUGAUUUAUUACUUAGAAUGAGAAGCAGUUAUCUUCAAACGUCUGUGAUAAGGAGCGGCUGUGUAGCAUAUGCAACCCGUUAACCGCUAACUUGUCAUUUUCAUGUUUUUACUGUUUGCUACGUUCUCCGUAAUGUUUCCUUUGUCCAUCCUCAGUAGCUGAUGUGGAAGCUGUUCUCCGGUUAUGUACGUUGCUCCAUUUGACGAGUAUAUUCGUUAUUUUGGGGUAGGCUUAUGUUCAACAGCUGGAGAGUAGUCGUUUAAAGCUGCUGCAGCUUGAGCAGGAACUUCAACGAGCACGGCAGCAGGUGAGCCCGUUCUCUUUUGUGAACGUCUGACGAGAAAACUUUGAAGCGAAGAAUUACUGGUUUUUUGUUUGUUGUAUAUGUCAAAUGUUGGUAGGGCGUUUUUGUUGCAAACGGUUGCUUGGGAGAACAAGGUCAUUCACUUGGUGGAAGUGGUAUGUGAUCGUGUUCAUUGUUUUUUAAGUUGCUUUUUCUUCUCGUUCAAAUUAUGUUCGUUAUGGUCUUGUUCCAACCCUUUCAGGCUCCUUAACGUUCGAUAUGGAAUACUCGAGGUGGCUCUACGAGCACCAGCGGCAGAUUGGUGACCUUCGGAUCGCGGUGAAUUCUCAUGUGAGCGACAACGAGCUUAGCCUCCUAGUCGAUGCAGUCAUGGCGCACUAUGACGAGGUCUUCAAGCUCAAGAGUAUCGGAGCCAAAUCCAAUAUAUUCCACAUGCUCUCAGGAAUGUGGACGACUCCAGCCGAGAGGUGCUUCAUGUGGCUGGGAGGCUUCCGGUCAUCGGAACUCCUCAAGGUUCGACCAGAUUCCCCGUACUAUCUUCAUUCUUCUUCACUUUCUUGGAUUCAUCUGGAGGACGAUGGUCGUUCCAGAUACUGGCGAGUCAGGUGGAGCCCUUGACGGAUCAGCAGCUGAUGGGGCUGUGUAGUCUCCAGCAGUCCUCCCAGCAGGCCGAGGAUGCUCUCUCGCAGGGAAUGGAGGCUCUUCAGCAGUCUCUUGCGGAGACGCUUGCUUCAGGAUCGCUUUGCCCGGCUCCCGGAUCUGAUAACGUUGCCAGUUACAUGGGUCAGAUGGCGCUCGCCAUGGGCAAGCUUGGAACCCUGGAGAACUUCCUCCGCCAGGUAUACCGAGGAACCAAACUUUCCGGCCACGCUUCUAACCAAGGCGUAAACCCUAAAAUCAUCUUGUGUUUCCUGUUUUUUAUGCUCUUGAAGGCUGAUUUACUGCGGCAGCAGACCCUGCACCAGAUGCAGAGGAUACUGACGACGCGGCAGGCGGCCCGCGCUCUGCUGGCGAUCAACGAUUACUUCUCGCGCCUCCGCGCACUCAGCUCGCUGUGGCUGGCUCGCCCAAGGGAGUAA